UAAAAAUUUAUGAAUUAAAAGAAACUAUAAGUCGAACAAAAGUCUCCUCGGCUCUUGAUAUUUCCAAAAUAAUAAUAGAAUUAAGUUAACAGUAGAGCAGCCAUGAAUUAUUUUACAGAAAAGAAAAAAGAACAUUAAUAAAUAAGUUUGAACAAAUAGGUUUUACCUCCUGAAUUCUAUAUAUCUUUAUUGUCUUUAGAGCCAAAAUAAUCUUAAUUACAUAACCCAAACAUUGAGUUGAUACGAACUUUAAUUGAUAGCUAUCUUAUUAUUAUUGAAUAACUUCAAGGAUAAGAUGGAUUGAUGAUUUAUUUUAAGGAUAAAAUUAAUAGUUUAUUAGAACAACCCUAAGUCAGACAGUGUAUUUAAAACAGUGAUAACAUUUAAUUAUAAUAAAUGUUAGAAAAAAGUUAAUAAUCUUAUUGCAAAUAAACAAAUGUCGAAGAAAUGGAAGCAUAUAUGAAUAUUAAUUAACCUAAAGUCAGAAACUCAUUAGCUACUUAUUUAACCAUGCAUGAUAGAUUAGAAAAAGAAUAUGACAAAGCUUAGCAAAUCUUACAAGAUUAUGAUGAUCAUGUUGCCCAGUUUGAUGAAAUGAUGCAAAAGGAUCUUGAUAAUUAAAAGAAUGCAUUAGAAGAUAGAUUAAAAAAAAGAAGUAAUUUCUAUUAAUUAAAUUAAAAUAGAUGAUAUUAAAAAAAGGUAUUCUGGUCAUGAAUAGAGACCAAAUCCUAAUGACUAUUGAUAAUUUGUAU